AUGGCAAGCUUAACAGCAGAAAUCAUUGAUUUUGCUCCUCUUUUCGGUGCUUUAUCGACAACUCAUUCAGAUUACAAGUUCUAUCAGCAUGUCAGACGGACAAGCUGCCGAGUUAGAGCGGACGACGAAUAUUCGUUUCCUACUUUGGGGCGAGAAGCUGAAAGCUCUCUAUCAUUGUGCGGAGAGCGAUUCCACAGCUGCGACUUACUACAGCUGGAAACACCAUUCAUGAAGCCUCCCUCAAUAAUGUGGUGCCUUUUCAUGCUUUUCAAAUGGGAUAUUGUUACAGCAAUGUUUACAAAGGCCCUUUCAGAUCUCCUUCAGUUCUCCAACCCCCUGCUGCUGAGGACUCUGAUUCGAUUUACGGAAGAUUCCCCGAAACCUUUGUGGGAAGGAAUUUUUACUUCUCUUGCCAUGUUCGGUACGAGCGAACUCUCGUCUUUAAUGCAAUCUCAUUAUUACUAUCUUAUGUAUAGAGUUGGAACCAGGGUACAAACAUGCCUUACUGGUGCAAUAUACAGAAAAACCCUCCGUUUAUCCAGCUCUGCUCGUCGUAGUAAGACUGUAGGCGAAAUCGUCAACCUCAUGUCUAUAGAUGUAGACCGCUUCCAGCAAAUUUCUCCUCAAACAAUGCAGUAUUGGAGUAAUCCUUUACAAAUAGGGCUUGCACUGUUUCUUCUAUGGCAUCAACUUGGUGUUUCUGUGUUAAGCGGAGUUGCAGCUAUGAUAAUACUAUUCCCUCUUAAUUUCCUCAUCACUAUGCUUAUCAGAAACUGUCAAGUGCACCAAAUGCACUACAAAGAUGAGCGAACGAAGAUAGUGAACGAGGUGCUAAACGGAAUGAAGGUAUGUAGAUCUGAUCAGCUUAUGCGACACUUAUCAAAGCUGUCCUUGCACCUUUUAAUUAUACCGACGCUAUUGUACGUUCCUCCAGAGUGA